CUUUAUUUGUUACCGGUCAUAAAAGGAAACUAGAAGAGGAUGAUAUGUUUCAGGUACUCACCGAAGAUUCCUCUAAGGUGCUUGGGGAGGGGUUGCAGUGGUACUGGGACAGAGAAGUGCAAAAGGCAAAAAAAGGAAGCGAGGAUGCCACAUUUAACAAAGGCAAUUAUACUUUGCUACUGGAAAUCUUAUCUACUUCUGGGAUUUUUCACGCUGAUUGAGGAAACGCUCAAAUUAAUCCAGCCUAUAUUUCUGGGAAUGAUUAUUGCUUAUUUUGAAAACAGUGGCUCGGAUGUUGCCUUGAAAUACGCCUAUGCCUCCGCAGCUGCCUUGUCCGUGUGUACGCUGGUUUUGGCCAUCUCUCACCACUUGUAUUUUUAUCACGUACAACGUGCCGGCAUGAAGCUUAGAGUGGCCAUGUGCCACAUGAUUUAUCGCAAGGCACUUCGUCUGAGCAAUGCAGCCAUGACAAAGACUACAACGGGCCAGAUUGUAAAUCUUCUAUCAAAUGAUGUGAAUAAAUUUGAUCAGGUGACUAUUUUUUUGCACUUCUUAUGGGCCGGACCCCUUCAAGCGAUAGCAGUAACGGUGCUUCUUUGGCUUGAAAUUGGCCCCUCCUGUCUUGCGGGAAUGGCUGUUUUAAUUAUUCUGCUUCCUCUGCAAAGCUGCAUCGGGAGGCUGUUCUCAUCGCUGAGGAGCAGAACAGCAGCCUUCACAGAUAUAAGGAUCAGGACCAUGAAUGAAGUCAUCAGUGGAAUGCGGAUAAUUAAGAUGUAUGCUUGGGAAAAGUCAUUCGCUGAUCUUGUGAACAACAUGAGAAGGAAGGAGAUCUCCAAGGUUCUCAAGAGUUCUUACCUUCGGGGAAUGAACCUGGCAUCUUUCUUCGUUGCCAGCAAAAUCACCGUGUUUAUGACCUUCAUGACUUACGUGUUGCUGGGCAAUCAGAUCUCCGCUAGUCGGGUGUUCGUUGCAGUGUCUCUCUAUGGUGCCGUGAGACUGACAGUUACUCUCUUCUUCCCAGCGGCUGUUGAGAGAGCGUCGGAAGCAAUGGUCAGCAUUCGACGAAUCAAGGUAUUGUGUAAGAAACAAAAGUGGAUGUUCUCUGGAUAUGUUUAAUUGCAGCAUUACAAA